UAAACAAGCUAACAGGCUUUUUUCUGGUGUAGGUGAUGCCUUUAACAGGAUAUUUUGUUAGUAAGCUGUUAAACUUGCCGUCUCAUUAUGCAGCAGGCUUGAUAUUGGUUGGCUGCUGUCCUGGAGGGACGGCAAGUAACAUUGUCACUUACAUUGCGCGUGGAAAUGUGGCGCUUUCAGUUUUGAUGACUGCUGCAAGUACCCUAUCAGCUGUGGUGAUGACCCCUUUUCUAACAGAGAAACUUGCAGGGCAAUUUGUUGCAGUUGAUGCAGCUGGGCUUUUCAUGUCCACUUUACAGGUGGUGCUUCUUCCUGUAUUAGGUGGUGCAUUUCUGAAUCAGUAUUUCAAAAGCUUUGUCAAAAUCGUGUCUCCAUUGAUGCCACCUAUUGCCGUAGCAACUGUUGCAGUUCUUUGUGGAAAUGCAAUUGCACAGAGUUCUUCUGCAAUUCUUAUGUCAGGUCAAAAAGUUGUCUUAGCUACUGCUCUUCUUCAUGCAUCUGGCUUCUUCUUUGGCUAUGUACUCGCAAGGAUUCUUGGAGUUGAUGUAUCAUCCUCAAGGACAAUAUCUAUAGAAGUCGGCAUGCAGAACUCGGUUCUUGGAGUAGUUCUAGCUACUCAGCACUUUGGUAAUCCACUUACUGCAGUGCCGUGUGCAGUUUCUAGUGUAUGUCACUCGAUAUUUGGCAGUGCCUUGGCUGGAAUUUGGAGGCGUUCUAUUCCAGAUAAAGUGCAGAACUGAGUCACUCUUUUGAUAUAUCUUAGCAAUUGUGAAUCUGAGAUUGUAGCUUUUCACAGACUAAUACAUCAAGCUUGGUAGUCGGUGGAAUUGGAGGGUCACUUUUUUCUUUUUAAAAGUUCAUAGUGUUCAUGUCUGGAGAAUCAGCAAUUAACCUAUCGAUACUAGAACCAAUUUUAACUUUUUGGCGGUGAUUUCGAGAUGCCCCAGGAAACUUUGAAUUCUCGGAACACUGGUAAAUCUGCUCGAAGGAAGAAAUUAAUCAAUUAUGGAUAGACUCGCCUACUUAAUAUCUUGAUUAUUGGCAGGAAAUUUUGCCCGCAUUUGAGCUCCAAGCCUUGUUCACGUAAUGAUCGCGUGGGGUGACUUUUGAUCUCAUAUGUUGGUGUAAAGAGAGUAAGAGCAGUCUUGUGUUAGUUUUUCGUUAUCUUGCAAAUUGAAACAAACGAUGUUUUUUCUUAGAAUGGUGAAGAAGACAAUUUCUACUAUGGUAUAAAGAGUUGGUUAAGUUUUGAGAAACAAAA